AUUUCAUUAUUUUGAAUGCAACUACAAAAACUCCUUGAGAGUACAUCCAACAAAUACCUUAUCCUCCUUAUUACUCAGAACUUCAAGCUAGAUAUUGAAUCUGUUGCAUAGGUCUCUAAGAUUCAUUCUGAUAAUCGAACUCUCACUUCAAUGACCAUCCUCCGAAAUAGCAACACUGAUUGGCCCUCCGCAUUUCAAAACUGACAAUUCCAAAAUUCAAGUUGAACGAAGUGUUGGACAUGGUCUGGAAAAAACCUGUCAGAGAUAACAAUGAGUCCGAUUAAAUGUGGACGCCGACCUCGUGGCCUUCGUAGUUAUCAUAAACCACGUGGUCAACACGUUGGUCGUCUGCCCCUGCACUCCUCGGAAUUGGACCGGAUUCUCCACGACGAAAAAUUGGAUCGCCGCAAGGAGCGAUGGCGACAGGUGCGGAUUCAGGCCAAAGAACACGCCCGAAUCGUCCGAUUACGGGUCCAACAUGAGAGGGAGAAGUCUGUGGCCAAAGUGGCUCAACAAGAGUUGGAGCGAUAUCGACAAGAAAAAAUGGUGGAAUUGACCACUUUGGAGGAGGAGUAUCGCCAAUGCUUGCGCGAUAUCGGAGUCGGAUUUGAAGAAGUCCAACGAGAGGAAGAAUAUCAACGGUUCAAAGCCUUGCAAAUGCGGUUGGAGGCUCAAAAAGCCGACGCUCGAGGUCGGAAAGCCCUCCAGCGCGAGUUGAAAAACCAGCAAUGGGCCGAAAAACACGUGGAAGGCCGGCGAGAGCUGAAAAAAGCCGCUUUGUUAACGGAAAAGCUCCGUGCGGCCGAUUUGAGACGCCAGAUUUUACCGAGCAAAGGCCAAGAGCCUUUGGCCAUGAUCGAGAUUGAACCGGAUCGGCAUUCGAUUCGCUCCAAAAUCGUGCCGCGACAAACUCUGGUGCAAGACUUUCCCCAUCGGCCUCAAUCGGGACGAGUUCGACGCGUGCCCUUGAGUGAGGUUGAUAUCAACGGUCUCGAGGCCGCCAUCGAGGCUCAACGACCCACGGAGCGGCGAGUUCACUUCAAAGCCCCAGAAUUCGAGCACGAGCAAGCCAAACUGAUCAAGGAACUUCGAAAGCAAGAUGAACAAGACCGGCAAAGGAAUCGAGAAGUAUCUUUCAAUAUUGAUCCAUCGCCCUCCUCCUCCUCCUCCUCCUCCAAAUGUAAUGAUCGCUCGGACUUGGAUACAGUUCCCGUUCGAGGACCUUCGAGUACUAGUAACAGUAGCUCUGCCGAAACAUCAAAUCAAUCCAAUUCGAGUACAAGUACUACCACGCCCCCUAGCCGCCUAACGGUGACCUUGGGUGGGCCGAAUUCGGCGUUUCAGGCUCCCAAUCCGCGAGAGAGUGAUGAUUCUGAGCGAGAGUUUGAAGAGUUGCGCGAAUUGUUGAUAAAAGCUCAGGAACAAAGUCGUGACCUCAUGACAGUCGAUGGGCGGGGUCAAGGAGCCAAAACUCAAGCGGAUCCCGAUCAAGACUUCGUGUCCAAAGUGCUCGGAUUCCCUCUGAACGAACCCGGCAAAUUGGAGCUACAAGUUCGGGUGGCCGAGUUCAGUUCCAGUUAUUCGUCAAAUACAUCUACGGAUAUCACCAAAGAACGUUUCAUCUCGGGACCGCUUCAGCCUGGACCCGUGACCAAUUCUCGCGAUGUCCCUGAAUCAACAGAUCAAGCGGACGCCAUUCACUCGCUCAUCGGUCGACUUAAGACGUCGGCCGUUUCGGAUCCGAACCAAAAUCUCUUACGUUUCUACAUUGAGAAACUCUUGGACAUGAAACGAGAAGAGAUCCGGGACCUCAGUAUCUCGGAAUCGUCAAUCAAUCCUUCCUCUUUGAGCUCAUCUUCCGGAUUUGUAGCCAGCACGCCUGCCUCGAUCCUGCACACUCAGUGCUCAGAAAUCAGCCAGAAAAAUUCCUCCGGUGGAUCCUCGAGCUCCUCGAAAACUGUGAGAUUCCAGGAUGACCUGGACGGGACAUAUGCUGGUCAACCAACGACCAGACACUCGGGAAUGGGUAAGAAGAAGCAUAUCAAGGCCCAGAUAGCGUUUCAAACGAAAAUAUCGCUCGAGGAGCUUCAAAAGUCGUUUGAAGAGCAAAAACGAGCCUUGGAAGAGCAACUGACUUUGCGGCGUCAAAAACGAGAUCUUCGAUCCUCUCGAUCCUCUCAAUCCUCUCAAUCAAGUGACCCAUCUCUUGGUGAGUUAUCCGGAGGUCCUUUGUCUUCAAGCACUUCAAGUCAUCAGAGUGAUCCAAAAUCCAGCCCGGUUUCAAGUCACAAUUCAGGGCGGCCUUCAGCCAAAUUGUCCGACGCCUCAACCAACUCCACCAAAGAGAGUUCAAUGAGCUCGUCGUCUACUUUAGGUUCCAAUCCCACCCCGCCAGAUAUCGAUCAGAUGUUACAGAAUCUCAAACUAAGUUGGGCCCAUUCCAUGAUGCGACGGAUGAAGGAGCAAGCUGCUGUUACCGGGAUCAACAAGUCUAGUUCAAGUGGAUCCAGUGGGUCUGCCGCUCUGGCCGAUAUUAAAUCCAAAUUGGCCUCAAUGGAGAUGCCUAGAUUGCAAAAAGCUCGUCCAGUGGGCGUGGAGUCCUCGGCCAAGUCCUCUGAAGACACAUUAGCCCAAUUGCCUGAUCUUGUAGCCGAUGAAGUGCGGCAGGUCGAAGAAGUUCCUGCCAUAACCAUCACGGAUUUUUCCACUUUUCAAUUGAGCGAUGUCGAUAAGUUGGCCGUGUCGUCAGGUGAAGAGGUAGCACUGAGCCAUAUUUCUUUCACGUCGGAUUCGGACAUAGACACGAAGAUUGUUAAAAAUCAACCUGAGAAGAAUUAAGAUUUGGAUGUUUUCGAUAAAAGGUCCUUCAGACUAGACACCAUUUUUUAAAGAGUUAUUGAGGCUUGGCCCAUUGAAAUCCAGUGGUCUAUGAUUGAAGUUAGUCUGAGCAAAGUUAUAAUUUUUCCAGUUCUUAUGUUGAGACAUUUUUGUAUUGUAGGGCAAAAUAACUUAUUCAUACAGGUGACAUCGCAACUGAUGAUCUUUCGGAUAUUGAUCAAUGAUCGUCCUAUUGAAGGCAUGUUUUGUGGAAAAUUGCCUAAAUCACCACAGAGUGCUUUUUUCACAUCCAAUGAUAAUCACUAGUAAAUUCGUAACCUUUCAACUCAACUGUUUAAAUGAUAAGCCCAAGUGCCACUAAAUAAAAACCCUCCAUCUUGUUUGACAUAAA